AUGGCGUAUGCAGCCUGGCUGUGCAUAAUUACGUUAAUGCAGCUGUGCCAUGUGAGCGUGCUUCUAUUACCAGCCUCUGCGUUGGCUUUAUCGCAACAUCCUGUCAGCUCAUGCUUCCAGACAUCACCGAACAAUCGCGGAAGGCGUGAUUCCUCCCCGGGAUCAACGUUGCGUCCACAAUUUCGCGGAAAUACGCCAUCAAGGCACGCUGCUUUAGCGGCUAUUCCCGCUCCGCAAGCCGAUCAGAAGCCGCCAGGUAAGAGUGACGCCGCUAAGGUAAAGGUUGCCGCCGGAGGUGAUGAAUCCGGACGAAGGUACUUUCAUGACCUUCUCAGCAGAAGCAUAGAUGACUUGCCAGCCCACGAAUGCUCCAGCUACGCGCAGAAGUGCGAAAAGGCACAUCUGCUGGUACUUAAGGCUUUUGAAAGGGUGGUGCGCCAAUAUGUGGAGUUGGUUUUGGGUAAGGCGUCGGGCAACGCCUCACCCUUGGCGCCUUCCAACGCGUCGAAUGCAGUUGAGCCGAUAAACAACAACGGGCGAGUGUUUGAUAAUGCAGUUAUCGGGGCGGUGAAGUGCUACAUCGCAAUGACCAAAGAGGGGAUCCCUGGAAAGCCUGGAUGGUUCACCGUCGGCGCUCCGAUGCAACUCACGGCAGAAGACCAGGCCGUGAGGCUAAACCAGUUAAUACAACUCAUUUUAGCGAUAGAAUCGCGUGUGUAUGACAUAUUUAGAGAGUAUAUCGCAGCGUACAAGAUGCGUUUCAUAUCGAAGAUGUUCAGCGCUGGCAACGAUGCCAUGCUCAGGUUAACUGACCAGAGGUUUAUCAAAGGCCUGCAACGCGAAUUUGUUGCGGCGGUCAACGAAUUGGUGCCACACUGCUUCAAGAAACGAUCCGACGACGACAAAAUAGUCGGCGCAAUGUUGCGCCACGCCGCUAGGACAGACGCUUCCUUGGUGGACGCAGUGAAAGAGCUGCUGACACCAAUGCCCAAUCCUUCCUUGGUAGCGAAGGUGAAGCAACGCAUCGACAACUGGAACACGCUGAGAGAUGUCGAAGAGUUCUCCGCGUUGCUGACCAGGCUCAACACCAGCGCACGAUCAAGCCUGAAGCGGCAGUUGGACGACAACGCCAAGCAGAGCAAGAUCACGCAGGCGCUGGCGUCACAGCAGCAGCAGAUCGAACUCUACCAGAAGCAACUCAGUGCCAAUUCUCACGACCAGUCGCCGUUGAGCUGCGGGUUCUCGUACAGAAUGCCCAACACCAACUUCAACAUCAUCGGUUCCAUGCAGAGGGGCAAGGGAAACAUACAAAUAAGUUGUGUUCCUGACGAAAGUGCGCGUUUGCUUGGGCCGUACGGAUUCACGAGCGGGGUGUUCCCUGGCAACCUGGGCCUCAGCGUCAAUAUCGACUUGUGA